AUGAAACUGUAUCAUCCUGAUAAGUUUUACUUAUCUCUUCUAUCCAACCAUCAUCAUCAUUUCAGUAGAUGGUUACCCAAAUUAAAAUAUAAAUUAUCCAAGAUUAAAGAAUUAAAGUAUAAAAUAAAACAUAAGCUACCAUCACCAAGAUCAACCAAACUGCAACUAGAUCAAGAAAUAACUACAACUGAGAAAAUUUGUAUUGAUUGUGUUGACAAAUAUCCUCAAGAUAUCAAAUAUCCAUUCCUGGAUUCGAAUUCAUGUAUGCUUAUAAUAUCCCAUGAUCCAACCCCAUCACCCAUUGAACCUGUUAGUCCAAUGACUUUCCCCGAAGAAGAAGAGACAGAAGUAGAGGAACCUGAGCCUCCUCCUCCACGUUCUCCUAGAACUCGUGCCAGAUCGCCGCCACCAAGAUCAAGGUCGCCACCACAACCAAUUUUGUAUAAAUCUCAACUCAACCAUCUCAGAGCGAUACGGCAAGAACCAGAAGUGUAUUUCAGUGUUAGUGAACAGUAUAGACUUAAUAAGAAUACAUUUGCUAAUUAUUAUCUUAUAGAUAGACGAGAGUAUUUAUGUCGUGAUUAUGAGGAAUAUCUCAUACCUGAGAUUGAAAGAUUAUAUAAUAUGAACAGGAGGAUUGAUAUUGGGAUUAGAAUUGUUCAGGGUUUGACUAUUUUGAUAAUUGGUUUGCAGAUUGCUAGAUAUUUAUAA